AGUUGUGUCACGGUUAUCUGGCAGGACAUGUGUCGCUUCCGCAUCCCUCCUCCUCCUCUGUUUCUUUUUGCUUCCUCCUCAAUACUGGAUAAGUACUCUCACUCGUUACCUUAACACCUGAUAUGUUUGUUUGUAUACAUGAACAACGAAGAGAUACACAAAACGACGCCGUCCGCGGCGGACGGUAGGUUUUCCGAUGAUGAACUGGUGGAAUGUGAGUGGGAAGCGGCGGAGGUGUUGGCUUGUUUGUCGCAUCCGGUGACUGGUGACGUUCAACUCUGCAUGGACACCCGGGAUGCAGCUGGCUUAUAUUCGACACAAAAAGCUUAUCCACCGGUUAGCAGCGGCAAAUCGAGGCAGGAUUUGACUGAUCAGGCGGAGAAGGAAGGACGGAGGCUGCGCCGUGUAUUUGCAAAUAGAGAAUCUGCGAGGCAGACAAUUCGCCGAAGACAGGCCAUGCAAGAGGAAUUGACAAGAAAAGCAGCAGAUCUUGCAUUGGAGAACGAAAAUUUGAAGAAGAAUAAGGAGCUUGCUGCUGCGGAGUAUAGUUCUUUGAGGAACAAAAAUAAUAGCUUAAAAACACAGAUGGCUAAAAUAGUUAAGGCGGAAGUUCAAGAAACAGAUGAUGAGUCUAAGUUGACACCUGUGGAAACUCCUAGUACUUCAACUACAUUCCCAACUUUCCUCCAUAACCAAACUCGGGCAACGCCGUUCUUUUGGUCCUUUCAACCUUUAGAUGGUCUACCAUUACAAAGUGGUUCUCAUAGUAUUUCUGGUAUUACACGACAGCUGCCUACACCUCUUGGAGAAUUUAAACCGUCUGACAAACUAGAAAGUCCCACGAUGAUGAACAAGCCAGAGACUCCUUUAUAUAUACUUCCAUUCCCUAGUCCAAUGCCAUUCCUUGCCCAAAGUAAUCUAUUUUAUCCACCAUCCUCAGAUCAUAAUGACCAACACGAGACUUCUGUAGUUCAUGAAUGUAGUACUUCCACUCCAAGAACCACGGUCAACACGGAGAACCACCUAACAGCAACUCCUCCGAAAGUUGAAACGGAAACUACUGACUCAAUAGAUACUCUUCAUAGAGACAUCCUUCGCGAAGCUGACAGUGGUUAUCUACUAAAUGAGGGUGCACUUCGGUCUAAAGGGCUGGUCCAGGUGACUUCCAAUUCAAGUGCUUUCGUACGACCAGUUAUAGCUAGACAAAGUGAUUGUUGUCAACAAGACAACUCUCCUGAUGUCAAAGUUGCUUCUUCUGCUCGUGGGCAUGUAGCCGGUGCCUCCCCUAAAAUGUAUCAACAACCUUUUUCAUGCUCUGACAGUGCGUCUACAGAUGCCAUUAUAGCAGCAAAGGCCCGUAGGAAGAGGAAGGAGCUUAUGAAAUUAAAAAGCCAGUGUUAUUAUCAUCAGUUCCAUUAAACAGUAAGGUUCUAAGGCAUGAGGUUAGCAGAAAAGAGAGGGAAUAAAUUACUAGAGAUCAAAUUACUAUGUUUUUUACGAUAGGAGAUUUACUUCUUUGUGAGUUCGUGAAGACAAUAAAUAAUUGAGAUUUACUCCUCCACUGGAUUUUGGUUUUGAGUUGUAUCUCUUUUUCCCCAUAUUUUCUUUAGUAUCUGCUUGGUGCUAAACCAUCGAAACUGUCGAGGCUAUGAACCAGUGUGUUA